AUGAUUGGCAAGUAUCAUAUUGCAGGAAUUGACUUGGGAACCUGUAAUUCUACAAUUGCUAUAUUUAAUAAUGGUGUAAUAUCUCUAGUACAAGAUCCGAAUGGAAACCGGUCUCUUCCAUCUAUGAUAUCUUUUCUCGAUAAUACUAUAUUAUAUGGUAUGGACGCCAAGAACCGUCAGUAUCUAAACCCUGAACGUACUAUCUAUGGCAUUAAACGUAUCCUUGGACAUCGGUUUUCUUCAGAUGUCGUUCAAAAAGAAGUAGAAAGAUUUCAAGAUCUCCCUCUGAUCCCUGUAAACUAUCGAGGAGCUAUUCAAAUUUUGCGUCCAGAGGGGAUUAGUUCUCGUUUGAUUGGCUAUUUGGUUAGUCUAGCGGAAAAAGCUCUUGAGGAUAGUAUCGUUGAUAUCGUAAUCACAUGUCCCGCCUAUUUCGAUGACAACCAGCGCCAAGCCACAAAGGAUGCCGUAACAAUCGCUGGCUACAACGUUUUGGAAGUUCUGAACGAGCCAACUGCUGCAGCAAUCGCUUAUGGAGUCAAUGUAGAGAAGAAGAACCAGCCUUUCCUUGUGUAUGAUCUGGGUGGUGGUACUUUCGAUGCUACGCUGAUGAUAAACGAAGAAGGAACGUAUCGCGUGAUGGGCACAACUGGAGACACCCAUUUAGGAGGCAUGGACUUCGACACGUUCAUCAAAGACAUCAUUGUGAAGAAGUUCGAGCUGCAGGGCUACAAAAUCGAUAUGAGCAAAAAGAAGCAUGUAGCUGAUCUCUGGCAAACCGCCGAGCGAGCCAAAAUCGAGUUGUCUUGUAGCGACCGAUCGUUGAUCAUGGAGGACAUGAUCGGCCCCAACCCCGAAAUCGAAGUGUAUCGAACCGAAUUCGAGGAGUUCGCUCGCCCUCUAAUCGAAUCCACGAUUGAAAAAGUGUGCGAAAUGCUGGCGUAUGUGCAGGUGCCCAUCAGCGAUCUCUGCGAUAUCGUUCUGAUCGGCGGAUCGAGCCAGAUUCCCCUCGUUUCCACGAUGUUGGAGGCGCGUUUUCGGAUCAAACCCUCGCAGCGAAUCAAUGGCCAGGAGGCCGUGGCGAUCGGCGCGUUGAUGCGCGCGUUGGAGUUGAAAUGCCGCACAGAUUACCCAGAAACGAUCGAGGAUUUGGAGAAGGAGCUGCACAACCUCUCCCCCAUCAUUCCGGUGAUCAACGCGAUCCCGCUGCCGAUCGGCAUUCGCACUUCACGCGAUGAGUUAAGCAUCGUUCUCCCCAAAUACACGCGCUACGGAGCCACACACAAGGUGAUGUACCAAACCUCCGAUGACAACCAGCAGCGCUUUAUUUUUGAAGUCUAUCAAGGAGAAAACAGCAUUGCGACCGAGAACUGCUUUAUCGGGAAGCUGGUGAUCGAAGGAAUCGAGCCGGCUCCGAAGGGCACAAAGAAGAUCCAGCUGACGAUGAGCUUGGAUCAGAACGGAAUUCUGACGAUGUCGGUGGAGAAUCCGGAAAACCACGAGACCAAACUCGUGGAGUUCUUGAAGCAGAGCACGAAUCUGUCACAGGAGGAGAUCGAGGCGAUGCAGAUGCAGGUGCGGCAGGAGAAUGAGUUUAAUCGCCUGCAGGAGCAGAGAGAAUCGGCGAAGAACUUCGUGUUGCGGAUUACACAGACGAUCAACCAGUUGAUACUGGAUAAUCGGUUCCCGACCGAUUUGAUGGAGGAGGCGCAGUCGUUUGUGGGACAGGCCGAGGGUUUAAAUCCCCAGUCCGAUAAUGUUUUCUCUCUGGAGGCUACUGCGAGAGAGUGGAAUUCGCGUUUGCUAAAUUUGUGA